CCCUAGCCUACCACGAGGCAGCCCGCGGGGCUGGGUGGCCGGGCAGCGCACACGGGCAGCACCGACACUGCGCAUGCUCGGCGCGUCGGCGCAGGUUUGCGCAGCUGAGGGGGCAGCACCGCAGCGGCGUCCGGGGUCUCCAGUAGAGCUGACGCUCCGGUGUUCGCAUAAUCCCCUGCUUCGGCUGGCAACGGGCGUCCCUCCACUCCCCGAGUCCCCGGCCGCCGCCGCCACCCCAGCGCGCCCCGAUCUGGCCCCCUGCCCCGCGAAGAUGGCUGCCGUACGCCGGGCCCGCAAUUAUUGCCGCUGCCUGGUGCGCUUCUCCGACCGAGAACUCUGCUAAGCUCUGCUGCAGAGACAGGCAGGAGUAGACACCCAGACACCCAGCACCCCUCCUCCGGGGGGCGGUGCAGUGGGGGCACGGAGAGCCCCUCGAGCGCAGCAGGCCGCCCCGCCAGCAUGGCAGAAGCUGAGGAAGAUUGUCAUUCUGAUACUGUCAGAGCAGAAGAUGAUGAAGAAAACGAAAGUCCUGCUGAAACAGAUCUGCAGGCACAACUCCAAAUGUUCCGAGCUCAGUGGAUGUUUGAACUUGCUCCAGGUGUAAGCUCUAGCAAUUUAGAAAAUCGACCUUGCAGAGCAGCAAGAGGCUCUCUCCAGAAAACAGCAGCAGAUACCAAAGGAAAACAAGAACAGGCAAAAGAAGAAAAGUUAAGUAUUAUAGAUGCUCGAGAACUCUUCCUAAAAGCAGUAGAAGAAGAACAAAAUGGAGCUCUCUAUGAAGCCAUCAAGUUUUAUCGUAGGGCUAUGCAACUUGUACCUGAUAUAGAGUUCAAGAUUACUUACACCCGGUCUCCAGAUGGUGAUGGCGUUGGAAACAGCUACAUUGAAGAUAAUGAUGAUGAUAGCAAAAUGGCAGAUCUCUUGUCCUACUUCCAGCAGCAACUCACAUUUCAGGAGUCUGUGCUCAAACUGUGUCAGCCUGAGCUUGAGAGCAGUCAGACUCAUAUAUCAGUGCUGCCAAUGGAGGUCUUGAUGUACAUCUUCCGAUGGGUGGUGUCUAGUGACUUGGACCUCAGAUCAUUGGAGCAGUUGUCGCUGGUAUGCAGAGGAUUCUACAUCUGUGCCAGAGACCCUGAAAUAUGGCGUCUGGCCUGCUUGAAAGUUUGGGGCAGAAGCUGUAUUAAACUUGUUCCAUACACAUCCUGGAGAGAGAUGUUUUUAGAACGGCCUCGUGUUCGGUUUGAUGGAGUGUAUAUCAGUAAAACCACAUAUAUUCGUCAAGGGGAACAGUCUCUUGAUGGUUUCUAUAGAGCCUGGCACCAAGUGGAAUAUUACAGGUACAUAAGAUUCUUUCCUGACGGCCAUGUGAUGAUGUUGACAACCCCUGAAGAGCCUCAGUCCAUUGUUCCCCGUUUAAGAACUAGGAAUACCAGGACUGAUGCAAUUCUACUGGGUCACUAUCGCUUGUCACAAGACACAGACAAUCAGACCAAAGUAUUUGCUGUAAUAACUAAGAAAAAAGAAGAAAAACCACUUGACUAUAAAUACAGAUAUUUUCGUCGUGUCCCUGUACAAGAAGCAGAUCAGAGUUUUCAUGUGGGGCUACAGCUAUGUUCCAGUGGCCACCAGAGGUUCAACAAACUCAUCUGGAUACAUCAUUCUUGUCACAUUACUUACAAAUCAACUGGUGAGACUGCAGUGAGUGCUUUUGAGAUUGACAAAAUGUACACCCCCUUGUUCUUCGCCAGAGUAAGGAGCUACACAGCUUUCUCAGAAAGGCCUCUGUAGAGCCUCAAGUCCAGUCCUGUAUCACUUUUGCAUGAAUUAAAGUAUAUAGCGCAAAAGAGCACCUAAGUUAUAAAUGUGU